UAAAUAGCUCCAGCCUAACAGAAGAGAAUAAAGGAGGACGCACAGCGCCGUUGGAGUGUAUCCUCCCACGCAGUACACGUGCGUCUGUUGAAGGAUGGACUCAGAACUUGCUCAAAUAUCCUCUCUGGACAACAGAUCAAAGCCUCAGGCUCUUAUCAGACUCGUCAACUCUAUACUAUCUCGAACAGACCUUUCCGCCGUCGCCAGCGAUCUCAACACUGUCGUCGACUACGUUGUAAACCAGGAAUCUGUUGGCCUCGUUGUUGGUCGCCAAGUUUUGUCUGAGGUUGUGAAGCAACUUGGGGAAGGUGCUGUUUCAGACCGUGAUGUUCAAAAACGCGUAGUCGAGGACACCAUCACCACCGUUCAGCCGAAAAUCGUUAGUUUUGAAGAGCAGGUUAGCACCCUACGCUUUCAACUCGCGGACAUUUUGGAGAACGAAGAGGAAUGGAGCGAAGCGGCUCGUGUGCUUAUGGCUGUUCCCUUAGAUUCAGGCCAGAGAUCCAUGCCAGACAGUGAAAAGAUGCGAAUCUACGUCAGGAUUGUUCGUCUUCUACUUGAAGACGAAGAUCCGACCAUGGCCGAAACCUACUUCAACCGCGCCCAGGGUCUUGUCCACUCUACAAACGACCGAGAAGUCAUGCUCCAGUUCAAACUAUGCCAGGCCCGAAUCAGCGACUAUACACGCAAGUUUCUUGAAGCCGCCAGAAGUUAUCAUGAGUUGAGUUACGUUGGCGAAAUAGACGAGGAGGAGCGAAGACAUAUGCUCCUGGCGGCGGUGACAUGCGCAGUUCUUGCUCCGGCAGGACCCAACCGCUCUCGCAUCUUAGCAUCUUUGUAUCGAGACGAGCGAUCCAGUGAGCUUCCUACAUAUAAUAUACUUUCCAAAAUGUUUCUGGAUCAUAUCCUUCGAUCUACCGAGAUCAAAGAAUUCGAGAAAACCUUGAAACAACAUCAAUUGGCCAAGAUCGGGAUAUCCUCCAACGACCAUGUAGCCUCUUCGACGCACGAUGACGCAACAGGCAUCCCAGUGUCUACUCGUACUGGUCCCUCUACUGUGCUUGAUCGCGCCGUGAUGGAACAUAACCUACUUGCAUGUUCCCAAGUCUAUAACAACAUCACUUUCCGAGGACUUGGUACCCUUCUAGAUUUGACCCCAGGUGCUGCAGAAACAAUGGCACGACGGAUGAUCGAACAGAGAAGAUUGCGAGGUUCGAUUGACCAGGUGGACAAGCUGAUAUGGUUUGAGAGUAACCGCGAAGAGGAUGAUGCUCAAGGGCAGGCGGGUGGUCUCGGCGACGUUGAAAAAGCUGAAGAUACUGGAGCACCUUUCACAAAGCGUUGGGACGCGCAGAUUCGGGUUACAGCUGCAAAUGUCGAGUCUAUCGUACAUCAGUUAACAGAGAAGGGGCUUGUUAGAUCGCAAGCAUGAGAGUGGGGGGUGGACUAAAUAGGCAAUGGCAUUGUUAUACACCUCUGCUUAACUAAGAAUCGUCGCCUGCAGAACAAUUAAUCCUUCCUCCGU